UGUUUAGUGAGGCAGAAAGUCUCCGAUUGAAAGAAAAACAGUCCAUCGUUUUGCUAUUUUCGACUGUGAAAAUGGAAGAGCCGAAAGCUGCCCCGAACCCACCAACAGCAACCGCCAACGCAGCCGCUCCUCCACAGCAGCCACCACCCACAGUACCAGAACAGCCGGCUAGCAAGAAAAGACCUCUAGAAAACAGCAAUAAUCAGUACCAAAAUUCUCCGUAUUUCAAGAUGCGUCUUGCUCUCAAAGAUCUUCGUCCUCAUUUCAUCGAGGUUCUUAGUGUGUCUGAUUUCCGGAACUGCAGGGCCGCCGAUGAAAUCAAAGAAAAGACAAAGCGUUUAGUGGAAUUGUACAAGCAGAUGUUAGCCUCCGUAGAGAAAAGUAACAAUGCACCCGGAGCCGGAGGCCAGACACUGCAAGUUGAAACUGGAAUGAAGCAGAAGCCCCAGGAGCAAGCGCAAGUCGUUAAGCCAGCACCAGCAGUACUAUCCAAAACCAAGAUUUUGCAGUCAAGUAGUGUCACCGGGAAACUACAAGCUGAUGUUGGUGAAGCUCAGGGAACAUAUAUUGUUGGAGGCUCGGCUUUUGGGUGGAACUUUAUCACCUUUACAGGGAACCAACCAGUCUAUUAUGGAGUAACAAAGGAAUCGUUUCGAAGUGCUCAAGCAAGUUCAGGUCUAGAGGGAGAGUGAAAAUCUUUCUGACAUGUAUUGUGGGCUAAAUAUUGCAUAAACAGUAAAUGCUUUUGGAGCUCAAACGUUGUAUUAACAUUUGGGGAAU